AUGUCCGGCAAUCCAUCUCUAGUCUUGCAAAAAGUCAACGAAAUCACGUUUGAAGACCUCGCAGUGCCCAAAAUUGAAGCGCCCACUGAUGUCAUAGUCGAAGUUAAAAAGACGGGAAUCUGUGGUUCCGACAUCCACUACUACGCCGAGGGCAAGAUUGGCUCGUUUGAGUUGAAAAAACCCAUGGUGUUGGGCCACGAGUCCUCGGGAGUUGUUCACCAGGUUGGAGAUGGUGUCAAGCAUUUGAAAGUGGGCGACAGGGUCGCAAUUGAGCCUGGCGUCCCGUCAAGGUACAGCGACGCUUACAAGUCGGGCAAAUACGAGAUUGAUCCCGACAUGUGCUUUGCUGCUACGCCGCUGUCCGACCCCAACGUUCCUAAUCCGCCUGGUACUUUGUGCAAAUACUUCAAGUCGCCCGAGGAUUUCCUCUACAAGUUGCCAGACAAUGUCAGCUUGGAAUUGGGCGCGAUGGUUGAGCCCUUGAGUGUUGGCGUCCACGGCAUCAGGUUGGCCAACUUGUCAUUUGGCGAGAAUGUCAUUGUGUUUGGUGCUGGACCCGUGGGGUUGUUGACUGCUUCUGCUGCCAAACUUUUCGGGGCCUUCAACAUUAUGGUUGUUGAUGUCUUUGACGAGAAAUUGCAAUUGGCAAAGGAAAUUGGUGCUGCCAAUUAUACAUUCAACUCCAAGACCGGAGAUGUCAAGGAUCUAAUCGAGGCUUUUGAUGGGAUCAGACCCGAUAUUGUCUUGGAGUGCACUGGUGCUCCCCCUUGUAUCAAGAUGGCCGUUCAAGCUGUCAGGGAUGGGGGCAGGGUUGUUCAGAUCGGAAAUGCCAGCGGUGACGUUUCCUUCCCCAUUGUGGAGUUUUCCAAUAGGGAACUCACCUUGCACGGAAGCUUUAGAUACGGGUUUGGCGACUACCCUACUUCGAUCAAGAUUUUGGAGAAAAACUACGGUUCUGGCAAGGACAAGAUCCAAAUUGAUUUUGAAAAGUUGAUCACCAACGUGUUUCCUUGGAGGGACGCUAUUAAAGCCUAUGAUACCGUGAGGGAGGGCAAAGGAACUGUCAAGUGCAUCAUCGACGGUCCCGAAUAG